UGUUCUUUGUUUUCGAUUUCUCAUCACACUUCAAUCAUCAUCAAGUAUGGGAAUCGUCGCCAGCUUCCUCCACUUUUGGCAACAUUUCGUCACCCAUAGCGGCACUCCCAUCGUCUUUUGGACAAGACCCAAUUGGUCGGUCGAUCAGAUCCCUGAUCAGUCCGGUAAAGUCGUCCUCAUCACCGGAGGUAACUCGGGGGUGGGCUACGCUUCCGCCCUUGCGCUAUACAACGCUGGUGCCAACGUGACCAUCGCUUGUCGAUCAUUUGCCCGCGGCCAAGAGGCUGCCGAGGAUAUCAAGAAGAACGGCGACCGAGGUAUCUGGGGUGUCCGCUACAAUCAGCGAACUCCCGCAGAAGAGACCAAGCUUGGGAGUAUCGACGUUCUCGCACUUGACCUCACGGAUCUGGCCAGUGUUGAACAAGCUGCCGACAAGUAUAAACUUCGGGUGAAAAGGCUAGACCAGCUUUACUUGAACGCUGGCAUCAUGGCCGUCCAGGAAGGUCAAUGGACAAAGCAAAACUACACUCUACAAUUCGGCAGUAUGGUACUCGGUCACCAGCGCCUCACCACCCACCUCCUUCCCAUCCUUCUCUCUCCCCGGGAAGAGCCCGCUAGGGUGAUCAGCCUCUCUUCGGUGGGACACAACUUUGCCCCUCCUGGUGGCAUUGACUAUACCUCCGUUUCUCGUCAUCCUGACGAUGUGGCCAAUCCCGACGGAUCUCCCAAGAAAGGCAAGAAUGAAUUGGACAGGUGGCCAGAGUAUGGGCAAGCCAAGUGGGGCAACAUUGCCAUUGCAAAAUACCUUGCAGACAGAUAUGACCCGAAGGAACUGAUUGCGGUCGCGGUGCAUCCUGGAUCGAUAGCGACCAAUCUGGGAAACCAUAUUGGUAUCGUGGGCUGGGCGGCAUCAAAGGCCCAUUGGGCCCUGGUACGUUCCUAAACUCUCUAUGUCAGGAAGCAUGAUUGAUGUUGACAUCGGUAUCGUCUAUGCAGGCCCCGAUGACCUUUUCCCCAUAUCAAGGCGCGCUCAACCAGCUCUGGUCUGGCACCCUACCCGCAACGCAAGCCCUGGAGUUGAACGGCAAGUAUGUGGUACCCUUUAGGCAUGUAAUGGAUCCCAGAGCCGACCUAUUGGGGGAAGAGGGUAAGGAAAGGGCGAGGAAGCUCUGGGCGUGGUGCGAUGAGCAGGGGAAGAAGUUCGAGUAGCUGAGCAGCUUUCGUCAUGUUCCCUUUGAGCAAUCUACUAGGCGGGCGCGAUCACUGAUGUGUACAAUUCUGAGUGGCUCAUGAAUGACACUUUAUCUGGCAUCGGACGGCGUUCAUUUAAGAGCAACCCCUGCACCGUCUUGUCCCAUAUGGCAGGCCUUCUGUUGGUCACGGUAUAAGACGGCUGUUUUGUACGUACACACACGCAUGUUCGUAUGUUCGACGUGACCACGUCCGUUGGUCUUUUUCCGGGUGCCAUAACCUUGACGAGGCUAUCUUCCUCUGACCAGGCUAACGUGCUAAUAUACUCUGUACCAUAUGUCUUUAUGGAG